AUGGUGGAAGAGUCGAAUAUCUUUGAAAGUGAACAAACAAAGGUGUUGAAUGAGAUCGACGAGAGGCAUCAUAAUGAGCUGGUUGACUUCGAUGAGAAUCGUUCGACUCUAUCGCACGACUCGUCGAACAAUCAUCAUUUCCAGGCGAUGUCAUCUCUAGGCUCAUCCUCGUCGCAAUUCAGUUCAUUAUCCGCAAUUAAAGCUCUUUCAAAUAGUAUUCAUUCAUUAACAACUUCUUAA